AUGUCUGGACGUGGUAAACAAGGAGGCAAAACUCGAGCUAAAGCCAAAACUCGGUCUUCCCGGGCUGGUUUACAGUUCCCAGUUGGGCGAGUCCACCGCUUGCUCCGUAAGGGCAACUAUGCGGAGCGGGUUGGAGCCGGCGCUCCGGUGUACUUGGCGGCGGUGUUGGAGUACCUAACAGCCGAGAUCCUGGAACUGGCGGGCAACGCGGCCCGGGAUAACAAGAAGACCCGGAUCAUCCCGCGUCACCUGCAGUUGGCUAUUCGCAAUGACGAGGAGCUCAACAAACUGCUGGGCAAAGUCACCAUCGCUCAGGGCGGCGUCCUGCCCAACAUCCAAGCGGUGUUGCUGCCCAAGAAGACCGAGAGUCACCACAAGGCUAAGGGGAAGUAA